UGAACAGGGAGACGGUAGGAUGCCACUGCUGAGCCUCAGUGCUGUUCUCAUUACAGAAUCAGACUUAUCUGGGACAAAUGUAGUUUAAGUCCGAGGCAACCUCGCAGAAUAGCCUCUUAACGAUGGGGUGACAGAGAGCGACUGCCUGGAAUGAAUGGCUAGCACUCGAGAAGGAGCUGGCUGAAUUUAAGAUGAUGUGUUCACAUGUUGUUCAGACUGCUGGCAGCUGAUAUGUUGAGGGACUGAAGGAGCAGAACUAGUGGAGGAUCAACACUGCAGCAACAUUGCAUACAGGUUAAUUUCAUCCUGGUGGCUGAACUUUGUUGAGGGACUUCCUUAAGGGAUUCACCAUCCAGAAGCCAACAUGGCUGACGAAGUGAAUGCAUUGCCGUUCUUCUAUGGCAACAUCACCAGGGAGGAAGCGGAGGACUACCUGCAGCAGGCAGGCAUGAGCAGUGGCUCAUACCUGCUACGGCAGAGCCGAAACUAUCUUGGAGGCUUUGCACUGUCUGUGUUGCAUUCAGGCCGCUGUUACCACUACACCAUUGAAAGAGAACCCAAUGACACAUAUGCUAUCGCUGGUGGUAAGAGCCACAGGAGCCCUGUGGAUGUGAUUGACUACCACUCCCAGGAGAUGGAUGGCCUUGUGUGUCUGCUAAAGAGACCCUGCAACAGGCCCAAGAACAUGCAGCCAAAGGUGGGGCCGUUCGAGGACCUGAAGGAAAAACUGAUCCGGGAGUAUGUGAAGCAGACUUGGAAUCUGCAGGGAGCAGCUCUGGAGCAGGCCAUCAUCAGCCAGAGGCCUCAGCUGGAGAAGCUCAUUUCUACCACCGCACAUGAAAAAAUGCCCUGGUUCCAUGGAUCAAUAACGCGAGAGGACUCUGAGCCCAGGCUUCAGAAUGGCUCCCGCACAAAUGGAAAAUUCCUGAUCCGACAGAGAGAUGUGAAUGGAUCCUACGCUCUGUGUUUACUCCAUGAAGGGCAAGUCAUGCAUUAUCGCAUCGACAAGGACAGGACCGGCAAGCUCUCCAUCCCAGAUGGCAAGAAGUUUGACACCCUGUGGCAGCUGGUGGAGCACUACUCAUACAAACCAGACGGCCUGCUGCGAGUGCUUACAGAGCCCUGUCCACGACCUGACGGAGAAAUUGGACGACCACUACUCCCACGAGACCAUCCUGGACUAUCUUCUGCCUUGCACAAUGCGGCAGGUGGAAUUCUCUCCAGACUCAGAACUGUUCCCAUACCUGGCCUGAAAAAGAACCGCGGAUCCCGACACAACACCACGGAUAAUCUCAAUCCGUAUGAGACCAGGGUGCCCGGUAAUCAGGCAGCCAGCAAAGAGGCCAUGCCAAUGGACACAGAGGUAUAUGAGAGUCCAUACGCAGACCCAGAUGAACUGAGGAGCUCCACAGUGGAUCGCAGCCAGCUCUACUUGGAGGAUGGAGAACUGGGCUCUGGGAACUUUGGUACAGUCAUGAAGGGCAUCUACAAGAUGAGAAAGAUAGAGAAGCCAGUUGCAGUCAAAAUCCUGAAGAAUGAUGAUAACAACCAAUCAGUACAUGAGGAAAUGCUACGAGAAGCCAAUGUCAUGCAGCAGCUGGACAAUCCUUAUAUUGUGCGGAUGAUCGGUAUCUGUGAGGCAGAGAGCCUAAUGCUGGUUAUGGAGUUGGCCGAGCUGGGACCGCUUAACAAGUUCCUGCAGAAAAACAAGCAAACAACCAUAAAGAACAUCACAGAGCUGGUCCACCAGGUGUCUAUGGGGAUGAAAUACCUGGAGGAGCAUAACUUUGUCCACAGGGACCUGGCUGCCAGGAACGUACUUCUGGUCACGCAGCACUAUGCCAAGAUCAGCGACUUUGGCCUCUCCAAAGCUGUUGCUGAGGAGCAAAACUACUACAAGGCCAAGGGUCAUGGGAAGUGGCCAGUGAAAUGGUACGCUCCUGAGUGUAUAAACUACUUCAAAUUCUCAUCCAAGAGUGAUGUGUGGAGCUUUGGGGUGCUCAUGUGGGAGGCCUACUCUUUUGGCCAGAAACCAUACAAGGGAAUGAAAGGAAAUGAUGUCAUGCAGAUGAUUGAAAGUGGAAACCGGAUGGAUGCUCCAGUGAACUGUCCACCAGAGAUGUAUGACCUCAUGAGAACCUGCUGGACAUACAAGGCAGAUGAAAGGCCUGGAUUUACUGUUGUUGAGCCGAGACUACGAGAGUAUUAUUAUGACAUUGCACAGUGAUUCUUACGGAUUUUAUGAGAUUAUGCAAACCAAAAGCAGCAUUUAAUCAUGUAGAAAUUACUGGAGACGGUUAAAAAUGAUAAAUGCUGUUGUAAAAUAUUAACUUCACCCGGAGAAUUAAUUCUAACUUCUAAUUAUUGACCAUCUUUAUGCAAAUUACAUUUCUUUUAUUACUUUUCUUGUUCAUUCCUGAAUGUGCACAGUACGACGAUUGUAAUAAACAGAUACAAGUCUAGCUUAUUUUAUGAACAAACUUUUAUGUUACAGCUAACAAAUAAAACAAUUGAUUCACUUGCUUUCAUAGUGUUAGUGAAUGAAGCUGCACCAUUGCAAUGUCAUUAUAGAUAAUCUUCAAGUCCUUGAAUCCCUUAAUGACGGACUGAUUGCUUCUGUAAAGAGAGAUAGGACUGUCUUCACACACCAAGGUCCUUGGGUUAUGAGAAGUGCAUAUUUCUGUACUCACAUAUGAAUCUGUUACAUAACUGUGAUUCAUAAUCAUUGCUAAUACCUGUCAGCAUUAUACAAUAUAUGGACAGAAAUAGUGUCCUGGAAAUCCAUUGAUAUUUAAAACAUGUAAGAAUUACUCAAAAAAAGCCUCAACCAUCAUCAGGAACGGGCAGAGAUCUCAGGAAACAUCAGCUAAUAAAAUGGAUUAAAGAACACUUCAUGAUGAAAUUAUGUUCAGGACGGCUUUCUAUGAACACCAAGAUGGAUUGUUGUCCUAAAGCAGAGAUCUUCAACAUUUUUCAGACCAAGGACCCCUUAGCUGAAAGAGACUGAGCAGGGACCCCCUACUACAUGUACUGUUUGAAAUUGAGUUAAAUAUCAAACUGGGCCUACCAGUGCCGUGCAUUUAAGCCUUGAUGAAAUUUUGCAGGACAGCUGCUCAAGUGGAAAAAGGGCAUCCCAUCCUUUUUUUUUUUUUUUUUUUUACUUGCGUUAAGUAGUGAUAUAAAAAAGUAAAGUGCACCUUGCCGGGAGGUUUCUAUUUGCCAGCACCUUGAAAUGUCUGGAAAAUAUCAGUCUAACUUACAUAUAAGGUGUCAAGAUCUAUACUAAAGCCCCGUUUCAACCAAACAUUCUCGGUAUGGUACCUUUGGAACUGAAAGUACCCUUCAGACAUGGUACCUAGACAGUAGCGCAGUGGCCCUCAAAUGGCGGCCCGCGACCCGCAUCUGGCCCGCGAGCCGUCAAUUUGUGGACCGCAAGCCGCCUAUUUGCGGACCGCGAGCUGAACACGUGACUCCUUCACUGUGUGUGUUUUGGUUUGGUCAGCACGUGUAAAUGUUCUGUAAUCUCCAUGCCAAUGAUGCGCUGAUAGGCUGUUAGCAAGAAUGGCACUUUUUACUUUCACUUUUGAAGCAGUAUGCUUAUGGAUACUUUGCCAGCAGUAUCCUAGAUUGAAUGAAAAUGGCAUGUUCCAAGUUCGGAAAGAAAAAGAAAGGUGUUGAAAGGUUUUGUUUUAUUUGAGUAUUUAUUUGCAUUUAUGUCAAAAUGGAAAUUUUAUUUUAUUUUAGUAUGUAUUUUCAUUCUGUUGUUUUGAAUAUGACAGUGUUAUGGCUUGUGGCUUGACCAACUAUAAUAAAUGGACCUUUGACUCAUGGAAAAA